AUGCCUGUCAAGAUGUUAGUCUUUCUUUACCGCAACCCUCGCCUAUCACCGGAAGAAUUCAAGAAGUACUACGAGGCACACCUGGCGGGGAUUUCCCUCUUUCUCAUCAUCGGAACUAUAUCGCCCGCACUACCGCUGAAAUCCCCCCCGGAUGACUCCACCGCACGCAACGCCUUCACCCCGGCCACUAUACUGCGCGGGCGACAGCCAGACUUCGACUUUGACGCCUACGCCGAACUUACUUUCGCGGAUCAGGCUGCCUACCAGGCAUUCGCAGCCAAGAUAUAUGCCCCGGAUGCCGCCGCCCAGAUAACUGCUGACGAGGAUAAAUUUCUCGAUCGGUUGAAGCAAGGAGUUGUCUUGGUUGGGGAGGUGAGAGUUACUGUGAGAUGA